GGCCGGACUAGAUGCCGAAAGUCGCGUGACAGCAGGCUUGCCACCGGCCUGAACAUCAUCUAUUCUACUCGGACGAGACUUUAUAAGGAUACCACAUAUUCCUCCGGGAAACGGGCCAGAGCAUCAGAGGUCUGGUAAGAUGACACUGCAUGGGGUAGUAACCCUGCUAUGCGGGCUUGGACUCGUGGCGACCAGUUCCGCCAGUCCGCUGCGCGCCCCUUUGGCUGUACCCGACCAUGUGCGCCGGGCGACCAAUUCCGAAGAUCCUUCUUGCCCUGAUGGGUUUUUCUGCAAGCAGUCCAGCUGCCCUGACGGGGUGGUUUGUCCGUCAGGUGAGACCUGCAUAAACUUUGAAGGCAACUUUGCAUGCGCGCCGCCUGGGCUGCAAUGGUGCGCUUUGAAUCCUACUACACUGCAAGGUGUUGGAUGUGAGAGCGGUCUAUGCUGCCAUGGAAAUUGCUUUACCUCGGACGCUGUCUGUUGUGAGUUUCCAGGCAUCCAGUGUACCAUUGGCGCUGCUUGCAAUGUGUGUAAUCCCGGGCAGACAUGCGGCGAUAAGCAGUGUGUUGGGGGUUCCAAUCCGUCUUCAUCAUCAUCUUCUUCUUCCACUACCGCCUCUUCGUCGACUACGACUGUUCCUCCGGUUAUAACAACGUCGUCUACGACAACAACCACGACCACAACGAGGAGUUCAACCACGACGACCACGACGACCACGACCACAACGAGGAGUUCAACUACGACGACGACCACAAGCCGCGAGUCAACCUCCACGAGCAGUAGUACGACAACUACGUCUGCCUCAUCAUCCCCAACCCAACCAGCGCGAGUGGGUACGUUUUCGUUGAUGGGUUGUUACUCAGAUCAAGUGGAUCUACGAGUUCUGGUUGCUGAUUCAAGCGAGGAUCCUAUUGGAAUGACCGUGGAGGCCUGCGUCGCCCUUGCCAAAGCCGGUUCGUGGCGCUACGCAGGGGUGGAAUAUAGCAGGCAAUGCUUCGUGGGCAACCAAAUGCAUGGCGGCACCCAGUUUGCCUCCAGCGACUGCAAUAUGCCCUGCUCCGGCAAUGGGGGCGAAACCUGCGGAGGUGGAAACCGUAUCCAGAUCUACUCUGAUACGACAUGGGAAGAUCCCACGUACGAAGAACUUGCCGAUGCAGUCCACCAGUAUAACGCAAGUGUCUGGCAGGCUUUGCAGGUCAUUGAGGAUUAUCGAGGCCAUCUUGAAAUUUUGCAGGGGAUUUUGCAGUCCUCCCCGUCUGCCAAGGUGAAGCGGGCGGGUGAAUAUGAGGAGAUUGAGCUGCGUUUAAUAGCUGAUCGGAGUGCUGCGAAUGAGGCGUCGACGAGCUUAGCUGCGGCAAAAGAAAAUGGUAAUCGAGUGUUGACGCUCGGCCGAAGGCUCGAUACGAUUGAUGAAAACAAUCCACGUGUGCCUCAAUACGCGUUUGACGAUUGGGAUCACGCAGUGAAUUCACUGGAGGAUCAACUUCUUGAUGUCAUCAGGGACCUCAACGACAAUGUCGUCGAGUUAUCGAAUGCGAUCUCAUCUGGCAUCACGCCUGCUAUUGACGCUGCCGCGAGCAUUGCUCGAGUUGAUAUCACUAUCAACGCCAUUGGGCUCCCUGUUUCUGCUGGUGUUACUGCAUCUGGAAUCUUCCUUGUUUUGGCGACUCUUGCAGCUCUAUUUGAAAGCAAUGGAACCCCAAUCACUACGACAGCGAUGCCCAGUACGACCACGACAAUGAGCUCGACCACAACAAGUUCAUCUUCAACUUCAUGUGCAGCCAGCGCGACCACAAGCCCGAUCAUUAUUAUGACUGUGGAGGGUACGACAGUGGAAGAAUUUGAAGAGUUUGUGGCUACCCUGCCCAAAGACCCGGAGGCUCUUCAAUUCACCGAGUCGUGGCAGCCGAAUUUCAUCUACAUGGGCACGGUGGAUCAAUGCACUGUCGAGAAAUUCGAUAACAAUCCCAUCGUUGAUGCAUGGAACGUGGAUGGGCUUUUGGAGCUGGAUAGCAACGACGAUACCAUCACGUCAGGUACAAGUGCAACCAAAAGGUCUUAUAGACAUACGGUCGAAGAACUUGAUGGUUUGGACAAUAUCAACCACGGGUGGACGAACCGCAACACUACAACCGACCACCAGCUUCAGAGACGUGUGGAGCCAACGGCAAACAGUCGAUUCCAACUCCAGCAAAACAGCCCUAACCACCUCAAGUGGCUCUCGCAGGUAUCUCGGUAUACCAACCUUGACGGCGAUUACUUGAACUUCGACGAUGCGAUCUACAAUGACCCACCUGCAUCUAGUACGAAUGCCCAGGAUCGACCUAUCGUGUAUCUUAUCGACACGGCGUUUUUGGCAGGACACGAGUCGUUUGCAGGAAGCAUCGUGGGGGGCUUUGGCGUCGACGACGUAGGUGGACGCAUUACUGGGUUGACUUUUGUGCCUAGAAAUGACCACGGCACUUGCAUGGCAUCCCUUGCUGCUGGUAAAUAUCACUCUAUGGGGAAGAACACCCGACUCGUUCCGGUCGAGCUGGUGAUCUCCAAGAGUGGUGUGAUUCGAGAACUGCGUGCUCGCCGCGCAGCCUUUGUCUUUAAAGAGAUCUACCGGCAUAUCCUCAACAAUGGAGGAACUGCAAACGCCGUCAUCUCCAUGUCAUUUGGCGCGCCUCGCGAUGCUUUUGAGUGGGGCCCAGGCCUCGUUCCAUCACUCCAGCCAAAACGAGACAUUUUUGAUAAAUUCCUUAGUUGGUUCUACAACGUCGGAGUAUCCGUCGUCUGCAGCGCAGGAAAUGACCAGACCCAACAAAGGCCGGCGGAACAACUUGAUCUAUCCUACUUUCUCCCACGCGGAAAAGGGGGCGCAGACACCCCCCUCAUCGUUGUCGGCAACUCCUUUUACAAUAAUUCGCGGCAUCCAAGCUCCCAAUACGGAGACAGUGGCGAGCUGGGAAUCCUCUCCCUCUACAACGUCGGCACCAACGUGGAUUGUGCGACGAUCAAAUACACCACGGGGGACAAGCCCCUCCCAAUCCUGAACGAGGUCUCUUCCUACAGCAUUCAACCUGCGGGGACCUCCCAGGCUACAGCCAUCACCGCCGGUAUGAUUGCCUACUAUAUGGGCCAACCCGAGCUCAAGGCCCGGUUCAUGGCAAAUGGCGUGAGUCAAAUGCCAAUGGCCAUAAAAUCGUACAUGCGGACGAUUGCAGUGAGGUAUAAGGGGGCACCAGCGGACGGGAUACCGCGUGCGGCUUCGGGGGAUGUGAUUCCUUGCGCAGACGGGACACCGGGGAGACCGCCCAUUGUGGAUCUGGAGUUGAGUCUGCCUACCAGUGCAACGCCUCGCACCUUUGCAACAACCCAGGUGACAGAUGGGGAGGCGCUUGUCAUCAGCCCUAUACCUCAGUGCUGGAACCUAGAGUAAGCUGGAUGUUUGCGCAGUCAGGGACGAGAUAUGGAUGGAGAGUAUAUUUCAAUCUCGCCAGCUCGAGGUUAUUUAUUCAUGGGUUGAUAGUGCUAUUGUUAUUUCCCAUAUUCUCAAUCCCGUGACGGCUGUUGCUGGUGCAGGUUCCCAGUGAUGGGUAGCGGCUUGGGCUUGGAGGUGGUGUUGGAUGCUCCGGUCAUAGAUCAUAUAGAAGAUAGAAAUACACGUCAAAUAAGUGCAUACUAAACUUG